GAGGACGAGCACCGGAACUGCGUGGCCAGGAGGAAGCAGACCCGCCCAGCCCUCUCUUCCUUGCCUGCCACGAGCACGUGGCGCCUCCUGUUACCCAAGAUGCUUUGUGCCAUGGCUGCGAGGCGCCUGGCCCCUCCCAACCAGUCCCACAAGCGCCGGCUCCGUGUCCACUCAGGUAAGGAGACUCCACUCCCAGAGCUGGAUGAAGAGAUAGACUACCUGUCGUCCAUCAUUGCCAAGCAGCAGCAGGCGGAGCUCGGCAAGCCAGGCCCCUCGCCCCAGCCCGGCCCGAAGCAGAGCAACCCGGCCCAGGAGCAUGGCCCCCCCCACUCCGCCACGGGACGCCCCCGAGCCAGCCCCUCGCCCCCCAGCGCCGCCCCCACCCAGGCAGCUGGGCGGGGGGGGCCCGUGACGUCCCCGUACCCCAGCAGCGACAGCCUGCUCAUCGUCAUGAUCGCGGUGUGCAUCGUCGUGGGGACCGCGGCCCUCAUCGUGGCGGGAGUCUGCUGGAUCAGGUUGCAGAAGGACGUGCGGCUCGCCCAGAAGGUGGACUACCCCGCCUUCGGGGUGAUGGGGCCCAGCUCCUUCGACAGCACCUCGCCCGGGGAUAAGAAGCUGGCCCAGAGUGCUCAGAUGUACCACUACCAGCACCAGAAGCAGCAGAUGCUGUCCCUGGAGAAGCACAAAGACGAGCCCAAGAUUCCCGACUCCGGCACCACGACGGACGAGGAGAACGAGGACGGGGACUUCACUGUGUACGAGUGUCCCGGCCUGGCACCGACUGGAGAGAUGGAAGUGAAGAACCCUCUCUUUGAUGACUCCUCUCUGCAUCCCCAACGGAACCACAAAUAGUCUGGAGACAGAUGGAUAGACACGCGGGACAGACGCACGCACCGAGACAGAAUCACACACACACACACCGAGAUGGACAGACACGCAAGCACGCGCACACACAUGCCCACCAAAGGCCGAGCCUUCGCCGAUCCUCUCCGCGCCGCCCAGCCCCCUGCUCCCCCGAGAGGAGGAAGCAGGAGAGGGGGAAUACUGAGCGUCUCCUCCCUACUGGGGGGGGGGGGAGGAGAUGCUUCACAAAGGGAACUGCCGGAACGUGCUGGGGAGCUGCGCUGCCCCCUGCUGGUCGGGCUGUGGAACUGCACCCAGGGGGAGCUGCUCCGGGGUCUCGAUACCUCCUACGUCCAGCACACGAUAAAAACACAGAUCUGCGGCCUGGUAUCUGCUUUACUCCGUUUUCUUAUCGGGUUUUUAUUCCUCAGUUCCCUCCUUUUUAAACGUGGUUGUAUUUUA